AUUAUCUUUUUAGUAAAACGAACCCAAAAAACGAAACCAAGAAGACCAGUAGAGCAGUGCAUAAUUCUACAAAACUAUUCAAUCGCUCCAUAAUUUCAUUUAUAUUACUAGUCCCCUCUUAAAUCUCCACAUAAAUGGAGAAUCUAAGUUUUAUAUUUAUAAUCCCACUUUUCACAGCAAUUUUUACUUUACUUUCAACUUUCACUUCUCAAAUCAUCAAUGGCAGACGCAACAGAAAACAAGCCGUCGGGUUUUUCCAUCCGUUCACAAAUGACGGCGGCGGAGGAGAGCGGGUUCUUUGGUGCGCCGUUAAAGCAAUUCAGGAAUUAAGCUCCGAUCUUGACUGUGUUAUUUACUCCGGUGAUCAUGAUGCUUCUCCUCAGUCGCUUGCUUCUCGUGCUACUGAUCGAUUUGGUGUUAAUUUGCUAUACCCGCCAAUGGUAGUGCAUCUAUCUAAAAGGAAAUGGGUAGAAGAAACUAGUUAUCCCCGGUUCACUAUGAUUGGUCAAAGCUUUGGUUCGAUUUAUCUUGCUUGGGAAGCAUUAUGCAAGUUUACUCCUUUGUACUAUUUUGAUACAAGUGGAUAUGCUUUCACCUAUCCUUUGGCCCGGAUUUUUGGAUGCAAAGUUAUUUGCUAUACGCAUUAUCCUACAAUCAGUUUAGACAUGAUUUCUCGUGUUCGUAAUAGGAGCUCUAUGUACAACAAUGAUGCUUCGGUUGCCAAGAGUAGUUGGUUGUCGCAAAGCAAAAUUAUCUACUAUACAUUCUUUAGUUGGAUGUACGGAUUCGUAGGUUCUUGUGCGCACCUUGCAAUGGUGAAUUCUUCAUGGACAGAAUCUCAUAUUGUAAAGCUUUGGAGAAUUCCAGACCGUAUAAAGCGAGUCUAUCCUCCUUGUGAUACAUCAAGACUUCAGGCGCUUCCUCUGGAAAGAUCAGCAGACAGUCCGAGAUUUAUAUCUGUUGCUCAAUUUCGACCUGAGAAGGCGCAUCCUCUUCAACUUGAGGCAUUUGCAGUUGCUACUAGGAAGCUAGAUGCUGGCUUGCCAAGACCCACGCUUCAGUUUGUGGGUAGCUGUCGAAACAAUUCCGAUGAAGAAAGACUACAGAAAUUACAGGAAAAGGCAAUUGAACUGAAAGUCGAUGAGAAUGUGGAAUUCUAUAAAAACGUGCCAUACAGGGACUUGGUGAAUCUUUUGGGAGAUGCAAUUGUGGGAAUGCAUUCCAUGAUUGAUGAACACUUUGGCAUAUGUGUCGUAGAGUAUAUGGCUGCAGGAGCCAUACCAAUUGCUCAUAAUUCUGCUGGCCCGAAGAUGGACAUUGUACUGGAAGAAGAUGGGCAGAAAACAGGAUUUCUUGCCCAAAAUGUGGAAGAAUAUGCAGAUGCCAUCCUGAGUGUGUUGAGAAUGCCAGAAACAGAGAGGCUUGACAUGGCUGCAGCUGCCCGGAAAAGGGCAAACAGAUUUUCCGAGCAAAGAUUUUAUGAAGAUUUCAAAGCUGCAAUUCGACCGAUACUAAAUAAUUUAUCUAGAUGACAGACUAGAACUAGAAAGUAGUGUAGCACAUUUUGUAACCUUGUAAAACAGAGUUUUAGUUACAACUUCUUUUUGUCUUUAAAAAGAUCAAUCCACUUAUAUUUGACAAAUAAAGAGGCAAUUUCACCCACAA